UGCGGCAGGACAAGGUGAUUUUUGUUUUCACAAAACUUAUUUUUCAUGCCGGAUCGAGGCCAAAUUAAGCGCCAUGAGUAUACGUGAUUGGAGUGACAUAAACACAAGAGCUUGGUGAUCAAGAUGGCGUCCAAAGUUCUUCUCAGACGGAAGAAAGACGACAAGAAGAUCACGAAGAAACUGGUUGGGACGAUAGAGCAGGAAAACCUGGAUAAAUGCCCCGUGUUUAGGGUGCGUUACCUUGGCAAGACUCCGGCACAGGGAGAAUAUGGCAGAGAGUUCAUUCAAGAACCAGUGGAGACUCUAUUAAAACUUAAAGACCGAAACCCCAAGCUUCCGAAAACAGUCCUUCAAAUCACAGAGAGGGGAUUUCACUUCCUUGGUGUGAACGGUACAUUCGGCAAAGAGAAACAUGUCCUGAUUCCGAUACAUCAUGUCUGCUACGGUGUUGCCGAUGAACAGAACCCUCAUGUAUUCGCCAUCAUCACACGGACGGAUUCGAACCCGGAGAACAGUCUGUUGGAGUGUCACGCCUUCCUGUGCGAUCGUCAGAAGGUGGCGGCCCAGAUCACCUACUGGCUACUCAGAACUUUCCUGCAAGUGUUUGAGGACUUGCAGAGGAGGAGACGGGUCCGGCAGGAGAGGAAGAUACGGCGACUCCAGGACGCGGCGCUGGACCCCGCUACCAUUGCUGCCCGUGCAGCCGGAUACACCGAUGGAAAUCCAGGGUAUACAGGUGCUGAUUUAAACUCACCUACAGACUCCAUUGGUCCGGACAUUUAUAGUGUGACUUUAGAGGGAUCUAAGGAUAACGGCACAGUCACUGCUGUGGGGUUGACUAAAACGAGACCGCACAGUUUCAUCGAGUCUGGACCGCGGAAAGACCAAAUGAUACCGGAGAGUCUUUCGGUUAGUGGUGGGAAGAAAUUCGCUACUGUCCCUUCCAGAUAUAGCUCACAGGAACAGCCAACUUCCAGGAAUGGAGCAAGGUUACGACAACCCGUGCAACAGAUGCACAACUCACACGAAUCGCUCGUCAAUCGCCAUCCUGCUUUGAAGGUUAGUGUUUCAGCCGGGGCUAUAGGCCUACCUCGAACUGAAAGCAACCCAACCAAAAAGGUUUCGGUUGGCUCUGGACCCCCAGUGGCACCCCGAUGGUCACGUAACUCUGAUACCACUACUCCCCACACCCAGUCUUUUAUCGACAGUAGACGGGGAUCCAAAGAGUACCGCGAAGACCCACGGGGGAAACCCCCAGUACCACUACCUAAGAAACCACCCCCUCCCCUGCACCACCAACAGCAGGAAAUUGUGCAGCAACAGGAGAGGAACCGGUACUUAAAGAAUGCCAACGCAGGUGUCUCACCUGUGAAAACACCUCAUCAGGGAUCUUGGAACGGUGGUGGUGGGCGACAUGGAGCUCGCUCCAUCUCCUCUUCAUCAAGAAUGAGUUCUUCCUCCGGACAAAACAGCGCCAACAACUCACAGACUACCGCGGAGUCGGACUUCGUCUUCAUUGAAAUGUUGCAGGAGGAAUUCUCCGGGCUUGAUGUGGAGUCUAGCGAUACGGCCUCCACUGUUCGCCGAGCUAACGCCUCUAAUAAACCCAAGAAUCGCAGCGUAUCCUCCGGUGGGUCCGGAGGAGGAGCUGCCGCACCGCCCCUCGAUCAAAAACUCAGCGGUGAAGACAUCCAGAAACGAAUCCGAGAGUGGCUGAGGAGAACAUCUCCAGACGUCGAGUCCGUGGCUUUCGACGAUAACAUUCUGGACCGGAUUUCCUUAGCUGGAACUCUUGGCCACCAUGACUCGAGGCGAGGUCCCACAUCUCCAUCAUACGCACCGAGCGUUCGGUCAUCGGCGCAGUCCCCAAUCGGCAGACAGCAAAGAAACGCGGCUGGAACCUUCAACCACAUGCCAUCGGACGGAGAGUAUUUCUAGACCAUGACAUUUGUCUUUCUUCACCAUGAUUUUAAUGUACGAACACGGAAUUGAACUAUUGCAACCCAACAAAAGGGACCAAUGGUACAAAUGCAAAAAUAUUAAAUGACCUGACGUUUCGACCCUAGCAGUCUUUUUGAAGGCUAAAGACAACCCUCAAGAAAGACCCUGCUUUAGAGUCGAAACACCAGACCAUUUGUAUUUGUUGUAUGUUUUUAAUUCAUGUUAGAAUGCUGUGUAAUGCCAGUGUUUGUAUGGUCAAGUUCUUUUCACUAGGGCAUCAAGCACUACCAUGUACUUUGAUGAACGAGUACAUGUACAUGAAAGUACGAGACCACCAAAAUGGAACCCGAGUGCCGAGAAAAAAACUAGCUCAGAACCAUUUAGAUAAAACUAUCUUAGCUGGUAUAAAUACAAAUACAAGCGAUUGUACACGUUGGUUUUUUUUUGUAGAUCUGUAGGGCAAUUAUAAUGUUCCCAAAAAAAAUUCCUUUUUGCAGACAGGGUCCAUGACAUGUACAUCAGGUUGGCAUUUGGAUGAUACAUGAGGUCAAUUCUCAAUGUUUUGGUUAAUAUUAAAAACAUAUACUCGGUUGCCUACGUUUCCAUACAUUAUUUUUCAAUCAUCUUUUCCCGAAACUAAUAAGGGAUGAUUAUAUUGACUAUUUUAAACAAUUUUCAAAAUAAUUGAUAGUGUUUAAUCCCUUCAGACGAGGCAUUUUCGCAAACAGAAAGCCUCAAUCAUGUCACUCCACACAACAGUUGAAAGUCCCUCUGAAUCAUUUUUAAUAUUAGUGCCCUAUUUUUAUAGAGCGCUCGGGUCCGUCAGGCAACUCAUGGCGAUGUUCAAACAUAAUAUACUGUAGAAUACAAAAGCAAGUACAAUUUAUAUAUAUACAACAUAUAUUUUGUUUGCAGUAAGAUUAGAAAGUUUGUAGACUGUGAUGGAUUUAAGUAAACAUUUUUAAGUAUUUAUUUCAAGCAUUUUUGGGAAUUAAAAAGUAAACUGAAAUAAUGCAUAAUUGUCUAAGAAAACAACUUGUUAAAGCCAUUAUACACUUUCGGUUAACAGUAUUGUCCAAGUCCCACACUUCGUGUAUCACAACUUAUA